AUGGAAGGUAAGUUGGCUGGUGAUGAGCCUUAUUACCCCUCAGAUGAUGCUGCCAGUUUUGAGACUGAUCCAGAUGACAUAUUUGAUGAUGAUGAAGGAGUAGUUGAACAGAGAGUAAAAGCAAAAGGAAGGAAGGUGAAAAACAGAGUUGUGUUUGAUAAAACCUCCAAGAAAAUAGUGUGGGAAACAGGCCUCCAAUUUGAAAGUGUUAAUGAAUUUAGAACUGCAGUUACCAAGUAUACAGUCCAUGAGCAUGUUGCCAUUGAAAAAUGUAUUAAUGAAGCUACAAGGGUAAGGGUUAGGUGUGUAGAGGGUUGUCCUUGGCUUUUAUUUGCUAGUCUUGACUCUAGGACUAACAACUUUGUGGUGAAGACCUAUAAUCCAAUUCACACGUGUGACCCUACCAAUAGGAACAAGCUUUGCAAUACCAAAUUCUUAUCUAGUCACUAUAAUGAGAGAAUAAAGGAACAACCAAACAUUAGGAUUUUUGAGUUGCAACAGCUCAUUAAGAAGGAGUUGGAUCUUUAUGUUGGUAGAACUGUGUGUAGAAGAGCAAGAAACAAGGUUUUAGCUGAGUUGAGGGAUGACCAUGUUUUGGAGUUUGGGAGGAUUUUAGAUUAUAGGGAUGAGUUGUUAAGAUCAAAUCCAGGUAGUACAUGUGUCGUUAGGAUUAGUGAUGAGACAUUUGAAGGUGGAAAAAAAAUGUUUAGAGGAUUCUACAUAUGUUUUGAUGCAAUGAAAAAGUCAUACUUAGCUGGUUGUAGGAAGUGCAUUGGUAUGGAUGGUUGCUUUUUAAAGGGAAUCUCAAAAGGUCAAUUACUUGUUGCUCUUUGUAAAGAUGGAAACAAUCAGAUGAUACCACUGGCCUGGGCAGUAGUUGAGGUUGAGAACAAGCACAAUUGGACUUGGUUUAUUAGAAUUUUAAAGGAAGAUCUUCAGCUGUGA